GGGGAAUACAAACAAAAGGCGGAGCUAGAAGGGACGAGGCUCACCUUUUGCAUCGUUGUUUGUCGUGCGGGGAAGAACAAAAGGACAUCAAUUGACUCCUCUGCUGCUGCUAUCUCCGGCUUUAAUCGCCUCUAUCUACGCCAGACAAAUAGCGCUCCUCCAGAUCAGCGAAAAUGCUGUCUCAUUUGGUCGCAGCUACCACUGCUCUUGGCCUCUUUGCUGGCCUCAGCGAUGCCUCGUCGUCGUGGAUGAACCAUACACAUGUCCCUCGUGUCGCUCAGUCUUGUCCCAGCUAUAAUGACUACUCCAAGGUUCCUCAUGCGCCUUAUUCGGGCGGCAAGCUCAAGCUUCCCUUUAUGCGCCCUAGCGAGGAGUGCAGGACGUUUACCAGUCCUGCUGUCGAGAAAGUUAUUCGUGAUAUGAAGCAGCGCCUCAAGGAUCCCGAUCUGGCUCGACUCUUUGAAAACACUUUCCCCUCGACGCUCGACACUACGGUCAAGUACUUUGACCCUGAUGUCAACUUGGCGUUCAUCAUCACCGGUGAUAUCACCGCCCAAUGGCUUCGCGACACUGGCAACCAAUUUGCUCAUCUCUACCGCCUGCUGCCCCAUGAUAAGAAUCUUCAGAAGCUGGUCAAGGCCGUUAUCAACACCGAGGCGCGAUACAUUUACCAGUUCCCCUACUGUGGAUCAUUCCAACCUCCCCCAGAAAGUGGCCUGGCGCCAUCGCACAAUGACUAUGCUGACCAUGUUCGAAUCAACCCCCCCGUUGAUGACAAGGUCGUGUUUGAGUGCAAGUACGAACUUGACUCGUUGGCUGGAUUCCUAAAGAUCUCUCGCUCCUACUACCAGUACACCAAGGACGACUCCUUUAUCAACGACAACUGGAAGCGAGCCAUGAAGACUAUUCUGCAGCUCAUCAACGAUCAAUCACAGUCCUCUUGGUCCGACGAUUUCAAGUUCAUCAGCUACUACAACUGGACUGGCACCGCCGGCUCUCUGUCUCCUCCCGUCACCAACAGCGGCAACGGUGAACCCAAGCUGGCCAACGGUUUAGUCGGAUCCAGCCAUAGACCCUCAGAUGAUCUCUGCGUCUUCAACUACAUCACUGCUGACAAUGCCAUGAUGGCCGUUGAGCUCGGCCUCGUCGCUGAUGUGCUGGACGAAGUGGAAACCUUGGGUGAUGUUUCCGACCAAGCACGCAAGUACUCAGACAUUAUCAGAAAGGCUGUCCAGGAUCAUACCAAGACUUCCAAUGGCAUCUACGCCUAUGAAACAAACGGCUACGGCGGCAUGUACAUCAUGGACGAUGCCAACGUCCCCAGCCUGCUCUCGCUUCCGUACUUGGGAUUUGUCAACAGAGACGAUGCGACAUACGUCAAAACCAAGAAUGCCAUGUUUUCACGCAUGAACCCAUACUACGCCGAGGGAAAGAAGUUCAAGGGCAUUGGCGGUCCUCACGUCAACGCAACAUACCCGUGGCCCAUGUCGCAGAUCAGCGGCAUCUACGGUACUGAUGAUGACGAUGAGAUUCGUGAGCGCCUUGCUCUCAUCAUGGAAAACACAUCUGGUCUUGGUCUCAUCCAUGAAAGCAUCAACAUCUACGACGCUAACGACUAUACCCGCCCUUGGUUUGCGUGGGCCAACUCGUACUUUGCUGAAAUGGUGCUUGAUCUCGCAGAGAGAAAGCCAGAGCUCAUCUUCAAGGAUAACACACACUAUGUUGUAAACGACUCUUUCUAAGAACAACGUGUGUACAGAGUUGGCGAUUGUUCAGGAUAUCAAACUAUUUAUAUUUAAUACAAGAAAUUUACUAGCGCGUUUAAAUUACAAAGGCUAUACCGUACGGGAAAACUUCACUCAUGAAUUCGUCUUAUCAGAAUUCUUUGCCAGCGCUUCGCAAUGUGCAAUGACUUCUCUUGCCACGUUAUCGGCACCAUCGCCCUUCUUACGACACAUUUCCGCUAGUGCUGUGGCUUUUUGCUUCAUGGAAGCAGACUUCGGUCCUUGUAAAACCUCAAGAAUAGCAACGGACAGUUCGGUGACGUCCCAUCGCGGCUUGUUAUGUCU